AAUGGAAAUUAUUUGACACUCCCCCAACAGGUGUGGAGCAAUGACGCCUACGAGAGCGUAGAGCACCGCGUCUCCGUGAACUCGGAGAGGGAGAGGUUCUCCAUCCCCUUCUUCUUCAACCCGUCGCACUACACCAACGUCAAGCCGCUCGAAGAGCUGACGGGCGAGGAGAAUCCGGCCAAGUACGAGGAGUAUAACUGGGGCCAGUUCUUCAAGGCCAGGAAGAACAGCAAUUUCAGGAAGCUGGGCAAGGAGAAUGUGCAGAUCUAUCACUUCAAGAAGGCUCUUUUAGCCAAUUAAAUAGAUUGCAUUGCUCAGCUCGGUAUCAACGGUAUGUAUAUGUAAUAAGAUUUGUGGAAUUCUGUAACAUAGAUGUAAGUGUCUGUGCUGCUUGUUUGAUUAUGGUGUUUGAAAAGCUGGUCCAGCAAUGUAUGUGCUUGUAAAAUGAAAGCCCACAGAAUAAACUGAAGUAUGAAUAUUUUAGUCUAUAUAUGGCAUAAUUACAGUUGUAAAUUUGGGAAAUGGUAUCAGCAUUUACUUUA